AUGAAGGAGAGGAAAAUCAGAGUCAUGGGAAACAUUGAUCCAGCUUUUGUACAAUCCGCAGAACACCGUCCCAAAGCCAAGGUAGUGGAACCCAAUGAGAUUCCAGUGAUUGAUCUCUCUGAAGUCAGAGAUGAAUUAUCGCUCAUCUCUGAGAUUGGGAAGGCAUGUGAGGAGUGGGGUUUUUUUCAAGUAAUAAACCAUGGAAUUCCCUUUGAGAUUGGCAAAGAGGUUGAGAUCGAGGCCAAAAAGUUCUUUGAGUUGGGGUUGGAGGAGAAAAGGAGAGUGAAAAGAGAUGAGUUUAAUGCAAUGGGGUACCAUGAUGGGGAACACACCAAGAAUGUGAGAGACUGGAAAGAGGUGUAUGAUUACCUUGUGGAGGACAAUGCACAGGUCCCUUCCUCUCACGAGCCUGAUGACAAGAACCUCAGGAUUCUCACCAAUCAGUGGCCUCAGCACUCUCUUCAUUUCAGGGAAAUCAUGGAGGAAUAUGCUCGAGAAGUGGAGAAGCUAGCAUACAAGUUGUUGGGGUUGAUUUUAUUGAGCUUAGGCUUGGCUGCUGACAAAUUCAAUGGCUGCUUCAAGAACCAGCUGAGCAUGCUGAGACUGAAUUACUACCCUCCAUGCCCUUUCCCUGACCUGGCACUUGGUGUUGGUCGCCACAAGGAUUCCAGUGCUUUAACUGUGCUUGCACAAGAUGAUGUUGGAGGGUUGCAAGUGAAGAGAAAAUCAGAUGGGGAAUGGAUUCCAGUUAAACCCACCCCAAAUGCAUUUAUUAUCAAUGUUGGGGACAUAGUUCAGGUUUGGAGCAAUGACAAAUAUGAGAGUGUGGAGCACAGGGUGGUGGUGAACACAACCAAGGAAAGGUUUUCAGUUCCAUUCUUCUUUUUCCCUGCUCACCAUGUUACAGUGAAGCCUGCAGAGGAGCUUGUAAAUGAACAAAAUCCAGCAAAAUUUGGAGGAUACAACUAUGGCAAGUUCUUCGCUAACAGAAACCGUAGUGAUUUCAAGAAGCGUGAUGUGGAGAAUAUCCAAAUUCAGCAUUUCAGGAUCUUGGAUUAA